UUCCUUUGAAAACAAACUCAAUUUCUCUACAUUUAUUCAUCUCAUCUGAAUUGAAUUAUCCCACUUGGGAUUUCCAAUUUCUCUCGAGAAUCGGCACCAGUUUUGACUUCAAUUCUACACAAAGUUCCAGAAUUAUUGUUAUCAAAUUUAAUUGAAAGUUCUGAUUUUUAUAUCCCUUUUUGGUUGUGGAAAUUGUUCAAAAAGAUGGGUGAAAACGCUGCCGGAAAGCACCAACAAGCAUUCGAUCUCGGCGGAGGUUUCGCUCCUCAGGCACCGUCCAAGUGCUUCGAUGACGACGGACGACUCAAAAGAUCUGGGACUGUUUGGACUGCUAGUGCACAUAUCAUAACGGCGGUCAUAGGCUCCGGCGUGCUAUCACUGGCGUGGGCCACGGCUCAGCUCGGUUGGGUCGCCGGACCCACCGUUCUUUUCCUCUUCUCCUUUGUCACUUACUACACUUCUUGCCUUCUCGCCGCCUGUUACCGCUCCGGCGACCCUGUUUCCGGCAAACGGAACUACACUUACAUGGAAGCUGUUCAGAACAAUCUUGGUGGGUUUCAGGUGAAAAUUUGUGGGUUUAUUCAGUACUUCAAUCUUGUCGGAGUAGCAAUCGGAUACACCAUUGCAGCUUCCAUUAGCAUGAUAGCAAUAAAGAGAUCAAGUUGUUUCCAUGAAAAAGGUCACCAGAAUCCCUGUGGAGUUUCAGGGACUCCAUACAUGAUCAUGUUUGGUGUUGUAGAAAUCCUCUUCUCUCAAAUUCCAGAUUUUGAUCAGAUUUCAUGGCUGUCAAUGUUGGCUGCGGUUAUGUCCUUCACUUAUUCCACCAUUGGUCUUGGCCUCGGAGUUUCCAAAGUUGCAGAAAAUAAAAAAAUCAAGGGAAGCCUUACUGGUAUAAGCAUUGGGAGAGUGACUCAAACUCAGAAAAUAUGGAGGAGCUUUCAAGCACUUGGAGCCAUUGCUUUUGCUUAUUCUUAUUCCCUCAUCCUCAUAGAAAUUCAGGAUACAAUCAAAUCACCACCGGCAGAGCACAAAACCAUGAAAAGAGCAACUUUCAUAAGCGUCGUAACAACAACGGUCUUCUACAUGUUUUGUGGAUGCUUUGGGUAUGCCGCGUUCGGAGACAUGGCCCCUGGAAACCUCCUCACCGGUUUUGGUUUCUACAACCCGUACUGGCUUCUCGACAUUGCCAAUGCUGCCAUUGUGAUCCACCUUGUUGGGGCUUACCAGGUGUAUUGCCAACCCUUAUUCGCAUUCGUAGAAAACACCGCUGCCAGAUACUUCCCAGAAAGCAAAUUCAUCAACAACACCGUCGAUAUCCCGAUCCCAAUCGGUGGAUACAAACCUUACAAACUAAACUUGUUUCGGUUGGUCUGGAGAACCCUCUUUGUGUGCCUAACUACACUUGUAGCAAUGUUGAUGCCAUUCUUCAACGAUGUUGUUGGGAUCUUAGGAGCGUUUGGGUUCUGGCCGCUAACGGUCUAUUUUCCAGUGGAAAUGUACAUUGUUCAGAAGAAGAUCCCGAAAUGGAGUACCCAAUGGGUAUCACUACAAAUCCUUAGUGUUGCAUGUUUGAUAAUAUCGGUAUGCGCGGCCGCUGGUUCAUUUGCCGGAGUGGUUAUUGAUUUGAAGAUCUAUAAGCCAUUCAAGACAAUGUAUUGAUUGAGGAUUAAAAGAAUUGUUCUUGAAAUGAUUUUUAGGAAGGCAAGAAGAUAUGAAUAUGUUCAUGUUCUUGAUAAAACAACCCUAAAGGAGAGGGGGUUGUCAUUCUACCUUUGUGUUUUUGUAUGUACGUAUUUUAUUUUAUGUAUUGGAAUCAAAUCAAUCUCAACAAGUGCAAACUUUUGCUCA